AAAGCAAACCAACAACACACUUCCCCAUUCCUCAAACAAAUCUCUCUCUCUCUCUCUCUCUCUCUCCAUAAAACCCACCCUUUCAUUCCUUUCUUCCCGCUUCCUCUCUUCAAUAACCACCCCACUACACAUCUCUCUCUCUCUCUCUCUACAAACAUGCAAUCACCAACAUAUGGAUCCGACCAAACACAACAAACAACACCAAACACAACAUUCGUACAAGCCGACCCAUCAAAUUUUCGAUCGGUUGUACAAAAACUAACCGGAGCAUCACAAGACCCAUCAGCCCAAAAACUCCCACUAACUCUCCCAUCUCGUUUAACGGCCCAAGCCCACCGUCCACCACCACCAACAGAAACAAUAAUGGGCCCAAAAAAGCCCAAUUUUAAACUCCACGAACGCCGCUCCAAAAAAUUACAACUUAAUGUUUCGGAAACACCCACGAUGAUGUUCCACAACAACAACAACAUAAUGAUGAUGAUGAUGAUGAAUAAUAACAACAACAUUAAUCGAAGUGUUGUUAUGGCUUCACCUGUUUCUCCAUUGGAAUUUUACUAUGGAAAUGGUCCAAUAUCACCCUAUGAAGAAGUUGAAGAAAAAGAUGAAGAAAAAGUUAUAGCUGAAAAAGGUUUCUAUUUGCACCCCUCUCCUAGAGCUUCUACACCUCCUGAACUAUUGCCACUUUUUCCUUUGCAUUCUCCUUCAUCUCAACCUUCUUCUUCUUAAUUAUUACUCUUUCUUUUCUUUCUAUUGUUGUUUUUAUUAUUAUUAUUAUUACUCCAUUAAUGUUUUUUUUUGGUGGGAGUUGAUUUCUUUUUUUUUUUUUUAAUGUUUUUUUUUUGCUAUAUUAAUUAAUUAAUUAACUAAUUUUUUUUUCUCUUUUUAAUUUGGUGUUUUUUUUCCUUUAAGAGAGAGAUGUACUUUAUCAUUGUGUGUGUCAGUGUGUGUAGCUGUACUGUGAAUAAAUACUAUUCUGUUGAUUCUGCCUUGACAA